AUGUCUAACUUCUCACUCAAAUUGUUUUCCAACACAGAGGUAAUCCCGUGUCCCAUCAACGUCUACUUUGUCUUGGACACCUCAGAAUCAGUGUCCUUGCUUGAGCUCCCUCCUGGAGACGUGGUGGAAUUGAUUAAACUGUUCACUUGGGAGUUUGCACUGAGACUCACAGACGGGGCUUACCGAGACGCCGUCCAUCUCUCAUGGACGAUGGGUGGCCUUCAUUUCUCCGACACCAACCAGGUCUUCAGCAAGAUCGCCAGCCGCGACGGCUUCCUUCAGGCCAUAAUCCCGAUCACCUACAUUGGGAGGAGCACGCAUGUGGACUGUGCCCUGGACAACAUGACCAAAGAGAUCCAGAGUCAUCAUCAGCACCAUCCACCGGGGAAGCCGAUGCACUUUGUGGUGGUUGUGACGGAUGGCAUGGAGAACGGCUAUCUCUGCGGUGGGAUGAAGAGGGCAGCCGAACGUGCCAAGGAUCUGGGCUACCAGCUGUUCGCCGUUGGCAUCUCUUCAGUCCGAAAGAAUAAAGAGGGACUGAGGCAGAUCGCCAGCUCUCCUGUGGCGAUGUACAAUGGAAACCUUGUGGCUGUGAAUCUGGCUUCCAGGACAGUUAGCAGGACAACUAUUGAUCGGAUUGUUCAGACAAUGUGUGCCAGACAUAAGUGUGUUGAAAUUGAUGGGGCUCCUGGUCCUAAAGGGGCCAAAGGAAGAAAGGGGGAUAUCGGCCGUCCUGGCAGACCAGGUCCUCAGGGCCCACAAGGAGACGAUGGACCAAAAGGCAUGAGGGGAGAAGUGGGAUUCAAAGGCAGCAAAGGACCAGUUGGAUUCAAAGGAGACAAGGGGCAUUGUGGUCCGCCAGGAUUAAGAGGACCACUAGGGGAACAAGGGUUUCCUGGUGACAAGGGUUCUACUGGAGACCCAGGAGACGAGGGGCCCCAAGGGGACGUUGGAGCCCCAGGACCAAAGGGUAAAUGUGGAUCGCCUGGGGAACCUGGUGAGAGAGGACCUCCUGGAGGCCCUGGCUCUCCCGUGAGUAUUGAGAAUGUGUGCGGAUGCCAAGAAAUGUGGAAGGGGGAGCGGGGGCCGGAAGGUCCUGGGUCCAAUGACUGUGACAUCAUGAGCUACAUUAGAGAGAUCUGUGGUUGCUGUGACUGCAAGAAGAAUUGUGGCGCUCUGGACAUUGUGUUUGUGAUUGACAGCUCAGAGAGCGUGGGGCUCACAAACUUCACCCUGGAGAAACAAUUUAUCUUCCACACCAUCAGCAGGCUGGGUUCCCUGGAGCCGGACCCCUACUCAAAAAAUGGGGUUCGCGUCGGCGUCGUGCAGUUCAGCCACCUGGGAACCUUCGAGGCCAUCCGUCUGGACGACCCCAACAUCGACUCGCUGUGCUCCCUCAGGAAGGCCGUCAAGGACCUGCAGUGGAUCGCCGGCGGGACCUGGAUCCCGUCCGCCCUCGAGUUCACCUACGACACCGUCAUACGCCAGGGCAGGAGGGCGUGGGCCAGGGUGGCGGUGGUGGUCAUCACGGACGGCCUCUACGACCGCAUGGACAAGCCGCACUCCCGCCUGUGGUCCCUCUGCAACGACCCCGGCGUCGAGGUGCUGGCGCUGGGGGUCAGCGACAGCUUUAACGGCAUGCCGUGCAAUUUCACCUUACAGAACAUCACCUGUAGCCUUCCUCAACGCAUAAUGAGCUUCUCCCGCUACACAGACCUACUGGCAGACGAGUUCACCAAGGAGGUCGAGAGCGUGCUCUGUCCAGACCCUGUCACUGUUUGUCCUGACCUUCCAUGUCAACCAGAGAUGGUUGUGGCACCAUGUGCUGACCGGCCAGUAGAACUGGUCUUCCUGGUGGACGGCUCAGAGCGUGUCGGAGAGGAGAACUUUGACCGCGUGCGGAUCUUCGUGGAGACCGUGACACGCAAGGUCCGACUGGCCAGCAGCCACGACGACACGACCCGAGUCCGGCUGGCCGUGAUCCAGUACGGCGGCCACCUUGAGUAUCAGAUGAUCUCGAGUUUUACGCACGAUCGCGCCGAUUUAGCCAGACGUCUGAAAACCAUGCGCUACCUGGACUCUUCCUCCAAUGUCACCUCAGCCAUUUCCUUUGCCACGGAUCACUGCUCCGGACACCCCCAUCCGACUCGGCCAGGAGCUGAGCUGAGUUUUGUGUUCGUCACAGACGGCGUCACGGCAACGCAGGGGCUGCAGGAGGCUCUAGUACUCGUGCGCAAGUUGCAAGUCGUACCUGUGGUUGUGGCUAUGGGCAACGACGUGGACAAAGACGUGGUCCUGCAGUUGGCCUUGAAAGAUCGCUACGCUGUGUUCAAGGGGCCAGAUUACAAACACUUGUCCAAUCCUGACUUUCUUCAGCGUUUCAUUCAGUGGGUGUGUUGAUCUGAGAGGUUUGGAUCAUAAGGCAUACAGGACCAUCUCUCUUCAAAUGGUGCUUGUAUUCGUUUUGAACAAUUUGCUGACAGUUUAUGUCAUCCCAUGCAU